GUCAAAGCUUAAAAGGCUGAAUCUACAAACAGAUUUUGAAAGGUUUUGAAAUCUUCAGUUGAGUAUCAUGAGCAGAACAGUUGUGGUUCUGGUGAGUCUGGUCUUCAUCCUUUCUGUAGGCGCAGAGGAUAAGUCUAGACUCUACCGUAGGCCUGCAUGUGGAGGUUUGAGUGUGAGUCAGGCAUGUCCUCUCAACUACUCUCCUGUCUGCGGUAAUGAUGGCAACACAUAUGUCAAUGAAUGCACCCUGUGUGUUCAGAGAAUGCACUCUAAUGCAGACAUUUUGAUCGUGAAAGAUGGCCGCUGCUGAGGUGGACGACCUUAUAUCAUCUCUUCGCUUUUCAUAUCUAUGUUUGUUUAAGAGUGUGUUUUGCAAUACUCAUCCCGAUGUUUUCAGUACACUAAUAUACAGUAGAUGUGUGAAAACCUACUGCAUGUUAACAUGAGAGAUAAAAAAUAGGGAAACACUUUGCAUAGCUCCAUUUGUGUACAUUAGUUGAAGGGAUAGUUCACCCCAAAAUUAAAGUUUACUCACUAUUUUCUCG